CUUAGACAACCACGGGGAAUCCUUGUACGAGGACUAAUUUCAAUCUGCUUUGCUCACCACCCCGUUCGAAUUGGGCGGAGACGUGCUUGUGGGGGAGAUGCGAAUCUAUCUAACUGACUUCGCCAUUUUCUCGGCACAGAAGGUUUCAGUCUAGCUAUGGUAUAGUUUAUCCGGCACUUCUGAACCCUUGGUAUGCAGAUGAUUGUUCCUGCCGACGUGAGAUCACUUUGUGGUCCCCAUGCGAGCAUCUGUCUGUGCGCGAGGCUCAUUUCGCUUCCCUAUUUCUCUGCAGCUGCGAAAUUACAGUCUUUACUAUCCAGGCAAACAAUCAAAGCGACGUACAUACUUUGACAGUACGCUGUGCUCUUCCCGCUGAUGGCUCAAAAAUCAACAUGCCGUUGGGCUGCACUUUCCCUGUCCAACAUCGCUUCGGUCUUCUUUCCAGAUGUACUGGGUCGUGAAGAUGCACAAUUCGAGCAUAAGCUGGUCGCCAUCAGUACGACAGGGUCAAACGAACGUGCGCAGAAAUGGUUUACGGACAACAAAAUCCCAGAUUCUGAUUCGAUAGUCGUCUACAACUCCUGGGAAACCAUGCUACAGCACGGUGACUUCGACAUCGUUUACAUCUCGACACCUCAUCCACUGCAUUAUGAAGAGGUCGUCAAAGCCCUCGAAUUCAAAAGAAACGUCCUAGUCGAGAAGCCAGCCACCAUGAAUGCUGCACAAUACCGACGAUGUAUCGAACUGGCGAAGCACCAUGGUGUUGUCCUUAUGGAAGCCAUGUGGACACGUUACCUUCCGGCCACGAGAUAUCUACAAGAAGAGCUCCUACCUAAGAUUGGUCAAGUAAGAAGAGUUUACUCUGAAUUCUCGUUUCCCAUCGUCGGACCAGAUCUACCAGAUUCGUCUCGAUUCUUGGACAAAUCAGCUGGUGCGGGGGCCCUGCUCGACCAGGGAGUUUAUGCGCUUACUUGGGCGGAUCUUGCAUUGAAUGGAGUGAAGGUUGAUAAUGCUAGUGUAGUGCAUGCGCAUUCUCUGAGUGUGCCGGGGAGGCCUGGCGAGAUUGACGACAUCAACACCGUCGUGCUGACAACCAAGAACGCCACUGCCAUUGUCACUACCAGCAUGACUCUUACUGGAUCGAAUAAGCCGUCAUUCUACGUGCGGUUUGGCGCACAGAAGGCAGCCCCUUCUGUGAGGAUUGAAGCCACGGAGGCAUCAGUUGCUAUUCCAUUCCCUCCCAUCCGACCUGAAGAAUUGCAUGUGCAAUGGUAUGGCCAUGCCCACCUCAACGACGAUGGCACGGAGAGAAAUGAGAUAAUCAAGAAGCCGGUGAGCGGCUGGGGCAUCUGGUAUCAGGCCGAUGUCAUCGCGUCUGCAGUGUUCAAGAAGCAGCCUGGCGUCAUCGGAGCUGAGGAGAGCUUGAGGAUACUGGAAUGGAUGGAUGAUGCCCGACGACUGGCCGGUAUAGUCUACAAUGAGGAGCUAGAGCAAGUCUAAGUAGUAUGCACUCAAUAAAGAUGGCUCUCCAGCGUGAUUUUCGAAGUUCG